GUGCCAACCUCUUCCUUCAGGCCCCCGCCAGUAUGUCUGCCCAGCACAUGUACGCUCACUCCGCCUCCACACCUAACAUUGGCCUGGUCUCGGAACCUCCGCCUAAGCCCUCCCCUCCUUACAGCCAAGAUGAUACUUGCUUGAAGGAAGAGAACAGACCCAUCAAGUGUGAAUCUAGUCCGCCUACGGCCAGGUCGCUAAGGCUGGAGAGAGUGGCAGCAGCGCUGGCGCAGAGCAGUGAAGAAUUAAGGUAUAAAAUGGAGGACGCAAAGGCAGUUGGGGCGUCUUUGGACGGCAGCGGGUCCCACAGUACCCCUAGUCCACAGAGUAGCACCAACAGUAGUCAAGACUCCCUUCACAAACAGCCCAAGAAGAAGGGACUCAAAGGCUCUUUAGGACGAUUUUUCGGUAGCAAAAAAGAAAAGCUAAAGAGCAAGGAAAGUCUACACAGGGAUCUUAUGAUGCCAGCAGGAGCGGGAGAAAGUGAUCUAACUGGUGCUGAUGCUAUAGGAUUAAAAUCAGAAUUUGACAGAAGGAAAAAGAAGAAAGAGGAGCUUUUAGAAGAAGCUAUGAAGGAUAGAACACCUUUUGCAUUAUGGAAUGGACCAACAGUUGUAGCUUGGCUUGAGCUGUGGGUAGGCAUGCCAGCCUGGUAUGUUGCCGCCUGCCGUGCCAAUGUGAAGAGCGGGGCCAUCAUGUCUGCUCUAUCUGACCAGGAGAUACAACGAGAAAUAGGGAUCAGUAACCCACUCCACCGGCUAAAACUUAGGCUGGCCAUUCAGGAAAUGGUCAGCUUGACCAGUCCAUCUGCUCCCAAGACUACCAGGACUCCUCUAGCUUUUGGGGACAUGAACCACGAGUGGAUAGGCAACGAGUGGCUGCCGUCGCUGGGUCUACCUCAGUACAGGAGUACGUUCAUGGAGUGUCUGGUGGACGCCCGCAUGCUGGACCAUCUCACCAAAAAGGACUUGAGGGGCCAGCUGAAAAUGGUGGACAGCUUUCAUAGGACAAGUUUGCAAUAUGGUAUUAACUGUUUAAAGAGAUUAAAUUAUGACAGAAAAGAAUUAGAAAGGCGGAGAGAAGAAAGUGCCACAGAGAACAAAGAUGUACUAGUAUGGUCCAAUGAACGUGUCAUAAGAUGGGUGCAAUCUAUAGGACUUAAAGAACACGCUAAUAACUUAUUGGAGUCUGGUGUCCACGGUUCCCUUAUAGCAUUAGAUGAAAGUUUUGAUCAUAACAGUAUCGCAUUAGCCCUGCAAAUUCCCACACAAAUCACACAGGCAAGACAGAUCUUGGACAGGGAAUUCCACAACUUACUAGCAAUAGGAACAGAUAGAAGAUUGGAUGAGGGAGAUAGUGGGAAGUUACGUCGAGGUCCAUCAUGGCGCAAAAAGUUAAAACAAAAAGACAGUCCUGCUAAAGGCGUGAGUCGAGACGAGGUGGCGCCCUAUGAGCAUGAUGGGAAUUAUACCGUUCAGAUGCCACCAUACUCACCCAGAGCGCCAGGGAGUAGCGGUUCCAACGCCAGAAAAAGUAACAGCAGUGACCAACACAGGACUUACAGUAAUUCAUAAAAGGAAAAGCCUUCAGUGUUUUGACACCACGACCACUCAUCAUGCCAUUUGAUCAACAAACUUUGAGAUUUCACUGCCACAGAUUUCAUGGAUAUUGGGACCCAGUUGAAACACUCUGGAAAAUUGCUUUGACUGCCAGACCAAAGGCUGGUAACCCUGCUGGUUAUGCUGACUUGUUUUACUGCAACAUCCCAGAAACUUGUGUUAGUCGCCGGCCUCUUGGUCCUGAAACUGUUUCAGCUGAAGUGUAAGCACUACUUAAAGAAGGCACAUCGAUGUUAAGCUGACAAGUUUUCAAGGGCAUAUUUAUUUGUAUGCUUUACCUGGAAUGCCAUGUUGGUAUGCCAUUGUAUUUGAGAGUUUUGCACUCAAGAGUAUGAACACUAAACAAAUCAUGUCAUUUUAAUGAAAAAGCUGCAAAUUGAAAAUCAUGUUCAAUUCAAAUUCUUAUUAUCAUAUUGAUUUGCGAACAGCUUUUAUAGAUAUAUAUAUUAUACAUAAUUAUGGAGAGUGCAAUAUUAGUUUGUGUGGUUAGAUGCUCAUACUUAAAUUCUGUUAAUUAUACUCCUCUAUCUAUUCAAAUAGAGCCUGGUGACUUAUACCUGCCAUUAAACAUCACAGGCAAUAAGUAUUGUGCAUUUCUACCUCAAUUUUAGCAUUUACAACAACAUC